AUGCCCUGAGGGAGACCCGUAGGUACAACGUGGGGGACAAGGAGGCUCUGGGCACCAGCCCGGCCGCGCUGGAGCACUUCCACAUGAAACUGUUCCGUGCCCAGAGGAACCUGUACCUGGCUGGCUUCGCCCUGCUGCUCUCCUUCCUCCUGAGGCGCCUGGUGACGCUGAUCUCGGCCCAGGCUGCCCUGGGUGCCUCCAGCCAAGCGUUCCGCAAGCAGGCCGAGGGCGCCAGCCAGGCCGCACGGCAGUACCUGGAGGACAACGACGCCCUCAGGAAGCAACUGAAGGAGUCUGGGGCCCCGUCCCCCACCCGGGACGAGAAUGAGACCCUCAAGGCCAAGGUGGAGUCACUGAAGGAGGAGCUGGAGCUCAGCAAGAAGGCUCUGGAGAAGGCCGAGAGCGAGGUGCAGGCCAUGAGGCGCCAGGCCCAGGGCCUGACCCGCGAGUACGAUCGGCUGCUGGAGGAGCACGCCAGGCUGCAGGCCGCCCACGACGGACCCCGGGACAAGAAGGAGGAGUGAGGGGCGGGGCCACGUUGAGACCACGCCCACAAACAGCUUCAAACCACGCCCACAACGGUUGUAAACCCCGCCCCUGGGACCAGGCCACGCCCCCAACAGCCUCUUCCGGACCAAGCCCCGCCCUCAUGACAAGGCCACGCCCUCAACACCAUAUUUGGGGGGGUUCUGGUGUCAUUUUUGGGACCUUUCACCCUUUUUUUGGGGUCCAAAUCUCAUUUUUCGGGGGGUCCAAGCCUCGUUUUGGGGAGGCUGAACCCCCCCUUUUGUCCCCCCCUCUUCCCAGGGGGUUUUUUGGGGGGGCAAUGGGGACCCCUCUCCUUUUUUUCGGCUUCAAUAAAAUCACCUCGGGUUGGGA